AUGUCAGAGGAGUUUCAAGCUCUUCAAUCACAAGGCACAUGGGAUUUAGUCCCACCUUGCUCCAACCAAAACUUACUCGGAUCUAAGUGGACAUUCCGCACAAAGUAUAAUUCCGAUGGAACUAUAGCCAGAUAUAAGGCUCGAUUGGUAGCCUUGGGUUAUAAGCAAGAAUAUGGACUAGAUUAUCAUGAGACCUUUAGUCCAGUAGUUAAAACACCUGCAGUUAGAGUUCUCAUUGUUUUAGCUCUCCAUCACAAGUGGAACAUACAUCAACUAGAUGUAUCCAACGCAUUUUUGCAUGGUAAACUCACGAACAAUGUUAACUUGAAGCAACCGCCGGGAUUCUCAGAUGCCAUUUAUCCUAAUCAUGAGAAAAUUCGGGUUGCUGUAUUAGUUUCAAAAGCUGCCCUCUGUUUUAUCAGUGUUAUUACAUGUUCAAGUGAAUAUACCAUACCUGAUGAAGUCAAGGCAGCUGGCUUUGGGAUUUGUGCCGACGAAUUGGGAUCCAUAGUCGAAGGACGUGACAUCAAGAAGCUGAAAAUACAUGGUGGAGUGGAUGGUAUAGCAAACAAAUUAUCAACUUCAACAGCUAGUGGCCUGUGCACUACCGAAGAAAGCUUGAUGGGCAGGCAAGAGAUUUAUGGAAUAAAUAAAUUUACUGAGAGCGUAAUCCGGAGUUUCUGGGUAUUUUUAUGGGAAGCAUUUCAAGACAUGACGCUUAUAAUCCUUGGUGCUUGUGCCUUUAUUUCUCUGAUUGUUGGUGUGCUCACAGAAGGAUGGCCAAAAGGUGCUCAUGAUGGCCUUGGAAUUGUUGCAAGCAUAUUGUUAGUUGUUUUUGUUACUGCAUCAAGUGAUUACCGUCAAUCUUUGCAGUUUAAAGACUUGGAUAAGGAGAAGAAGAAAAUAUUGAUACAAGUAACACGAAAUGGGUUUAGACAGAAAAUGUCAAUCUAUGAUCUUCUUCCUGGUGAUAUUGUCCAUUUAGCAAUUGGAGAUCAAGUCCCUGCAGAUGGAUUGUUCCUAUCUGGAUUUUCCUUGUUGAUUGAUGAAUCUAGUUUGACAGGGGAAAGCGAGCCCGUCGCAAUUGAUGCUGAAAAUCCUUUUCUUCUAUCUGGAACUAAAGUUCAAGAUGGCUCAUGUAAAAUGAUGGUGACAACUGUUGGCAUGAGAACUCAAUGGGGUAAGCUGAUGGCCACACUUAGUGAAGGAGGAUAUGAUGAAACCCCAUUACAAGUUAAGCUGAAUGGAGUUGCCACUCUUAUUGGAAAAAUUGGCUUACUCUUUGCAGUUGUAACUUUUGCAGUGCUGGCAGAAUCUCUCAUGAGGGAUAAGGUUAAAGCUGGCACACUAUUGAGUUGGACAGGAGAUGAUGCACUGCAUUUGUUAGAGUAUUUUGCCAUUGCAAUUACUAUUGUUGUUGUUGCAGUUCCGGAAGGUCUGCCUCUAGCUGUGACCUUGAGCCUUGCCUUUGCUAUGAAGAAAAUGAUGAACGAGAAAGCCUUGGUCCGUCACCUUGCUGCCUGUGAAACAAUGGGAUCAGCUACGUCUAUUUGCAGUGACAAGACAGGAACUUUGACAACCAACCACAUGACCGUUGUUAAAGCCUGCAUCGGUGGAAAUAUCAAUGUACUAUCCAAUCCAGUGGAUGCAUCUAGCAUUUGCUCUCAAGUUCCAAAUGAUGUGAUUAAAAUUCUUUCACAGUCUAUAUUCACCAACACUGGAGGAGAAGUUGUGAUCAACAAAGAAAGAAAAACUGAAAUUUUAGGAACACCAACUGAAACGGCAAUAUUGGAAUUUGGCUUGUCUCUAGGUGGUGAUUUUCAUGAAGAGCGUCAGGCGGUUGAGCUUGUUAAAGUUGAACCCUUCAAUUCUACAAAGAAGAUAAUGGCAGUGGUAAUACAACUUCCUGAGGGAGGUUAUCCGGCCCACUGUAAAGGAGCAUCUGAAAUAGUUUUGGCUUCUUGUAGAAAAGUUUUAGAUGCAACUGGAAGAGCGGUUCCAGUUGAUGAUGCAGUAGCCAAGCACCUCAAGGAUACGAUUGAAGGUUUUGCUAAAGAAGCAUUACGUACGCUUUGUCUGGGUUAUAUGGACAUUGAAGGUGAUUUUUCAGCCAAGCAAGAAAUUCCUGUAGAUGGUUACACGUGUAUAGGUAUUGUAGGCAUCAAGGAUCCUGUUCGACCUGGUGUCAAGGAAUCUGUUUCAGUUUGCAGGUCUGCUGGCAUUACAGUAAGAAUGGUUACAGGAGAUAACAUCAAUACGGCAAAGGCCAUUGCUCGAGAAUGUGGUAUUCUUACAGAUGAUGGUAUAGCUAUUGAAGGUUCAGAAUUUAGGGAAAAGAGUCUUGAAGAGAUGAUGGAAUUGAUUCCAAAGAUACAGGUUAUGGCUAGAUCAUCACCGUUAGAUAAGCAUACACUAGUGAAGCACCUCCGUACCAUGUUAAAUGAGGUAGUUGCUGUGACCGGUGAUGGUACAAAUGAUGCUCCAGCGCUUCAUGAGGCAGAUAUUGGGCUUGCUAUGGGAAUUGCAGGAACUGAGGUCGCAAAGGAAAGUGCUGAUGUCAUAAUUCUUGAUGACAAUUUCUCCACAAUUGUGACUGUGGGCAAAUGGGGGCGUUCUGUUUACAUAAACAUUCAAAAGUUUGUACAAUUUCAGCUGACUGUUAAUGUUGUUGCUCUAAUUGUUAACUUCUCAUCAGCUUGUUUUACUGGAGAAGCUCCACUCACUGCUGUUCAAUUGCUAUGGGUCAACAUGAUUAUGGAUACACUGGGAGCACUUGCGCUUGCCACUGAACCUCCUAAUGAUGAGUUGAUGAAAAGAACACCUGUUGGGAGGAAAGGGAAUUUUAUUAGCAAUGUAAUGUGGAGAAAUAUCUUAGGACAGGCUUUAUACCAGUUUGUUGUGAUUUGGUAUCUCCAAACAGAGGGGAAAAGGUUCUUUGGGCUUGAAGGCCCUGGUUCUGAUGCCAGUCUGAAUACCCUCAUCUUUAAUACUUUUGUCUUUUGCCAGCUGUUUAAUGAGAUCAGUUCAAGGGAGAUGGAGAAGAUAAAUGUUUUUGAAGGCAUUCUGAAGAACUAUGUCUUCGUUGGUGUCCUCUCCUUUACUUUCAUUUUUCAGUUCAUUAUUGUUCAAUUCCUUGGCGAUUUUGCCAAUACCACACCACUGACAUUCACACAAUGGCUCAUAACUGUUUUCAUUGGGUUCCUUGGAAUGCCAUUUGCUGCUGCUGUAAAAAAAGUUCAUGUGGGAUCGCAGUGAAGUUGUGUUGACGGCAAAUCUGCCAAAGGCAGAGAGGAGUACCAAUUAUUGUAGCUGAAGGACUCUGAGGCCAGCUGCAGGAUUUGGUAAAGUAUCUUUAUAUGUAAACAGAUUGAUUUGACAGAGGAGGUGGGAAAGUAUUUUUCUGAAGCCCAUCUAGUUUUUUUUUUUUUUAGUGGAUUCUGUAAAUGUAUUAUGGCUUGUGUGCAGCUGCUUUAAAGUCUUUUAAUGUACAAUAUUUUCUGAUUCUGUCCAUGAUUUAUUGUUUCCACUGAUGCUGAAUAAUUUAUAUUGAUGCAACUGUUGUUGUCUUUUAU